AUGUUCAGGGGGCCAAAGCCCCCCAUCGCCCCCAAGCCCAGGCUGGGUGCCCCCCAUGAGUGGCGAGCCAGCGUGUACAUGAACAACAGCUUAAACAAAUGCAGCAACGGGAAGCUGCUCUGCGUAGACAGGGGUCUUGAUGAAGGGCAGCAGUCCAACCUGGAGUGCUCUGAGUCAGAGGCAGAUGAGGACUACAUCGUGGCCCCCAAGGCGCCGCUGAGAGAGGACGAGCCCGCCGACGGGGGCUAUGUGGAGAAUGAAGUCUUGGUGCCUCCAGAUGCUCCUGGAGAAGAGGAACACGAGGAGGGAAGUGAGGAGUGUGAUGUGGAGGGGUCAGGAGCUGCAGAGGAUGCAGCUGCCCUGGCUGAAGUGGUGCUGAGUGGAGAGAGUGAUGGAGGUGUGGACCAGGCUCCUGAGAACGCAGCUGGAGAGGAGGACUGUGAGGGUGGCCUGGGGGAAGGAGAGCAGGUGCUCACACAGAAGGAGGAAGAACGCAACUCAUACAACCAGGAGGACAGGGGCCCUUGGGACGGAGAAGAGGUCUUCCAGAGCGAUAUCCUGACUCACGUCAAGUUAGAGGAUCCAGUAGCCGCUGGCGAGGAGCCUGGACCCCCUGAGGUCCCCGUGGAGGUGGAAGAGGACAAUGAGAAAGCUUGUGCCACGGCAGAACCUGGGGACCCAGAUGAGCAAGUGGAUUCCAGCAGUCCUGCUGAGGUGGGUGCUGAAGAUGCCAGUGAGGAGCCCCCAGAGAAGAAGGAACUGGCCUCGGAUGUCCAGCAGGCAGACAUGGCUGUAGAAAACCUGGACGUCUCUGGGGAGACAUGUGAAGAUGCCACAGAGGGUGGUGGCCAGGCUGACGAUGCCCAUCCUGACCCAGAUGAGACCACCAGCCCGGAAGAAGUGGCGGUUGGCCCCAUGGAGGAUGAGCCUGCUGAGGAAGAUGAGCCUGCUGAGGAGAGCUGCCAGAUGGUUCCUUUCGAGAACGACAGUGUUGACAACUUCGUGACAUCCCUUACAGGGAGUCCCUACGAGUUCUUUCCGACUGAGAGCACCUCUUUUUGUAGCGAAAGCUAUCCACCAUUUUCUGAGUCAGCAAAAGGCUCAGAAUCAGAGCAAGGGUCAAAGUCAGAGCUGUGCGCAGAGGAGGGCCCCGAAGCUGGGACUGUGGGUGACCAGCAUGACCCCCCAGAGGGUGCUGCCUGUGACGGCCCCUCUGUCCCUGAGGUGGUGGUCCUGCCAGAGGACGCCCCAGGUGAGGAUGCGGUGGAUGACUCGCCCACCGAUCCUUAUGUGAUGGGCGUUGGCCUUGUGUGCCACGCUGCCCAGUGUGAAACGCAAGCUGGGCCAAGCACCGUGAGUGGUUGUGGCACGAGGGAAGAAACAAGCUCUGAUGCGGAGGGCGGCCUGCUCCCCAUCGACAGGAAAAACCUCGGCACAAGAGCCCGGCCCCACUCCGGGAAGGUGGCCGGCUAUGUCCCAGAAACUGUCCCAGAAGAAACCGGACCAGAAGCUGGCUCGGCAGCCAUUGGCAGUGGAGGUCCCCUUGUGGAGGCAAGAAAGAUGGGUUUGUCACUGGAGGGGAAGCCUCCGGAAGUCACCAGCAGGGCCUUGCCGGCCAAGCCCAGGGCCUUCACCCUGUACCCACGGUCAUUCUCUGUGGAAGGCCGAGAGAUUCCGUUUUCCCUGUUCCGCGAGCCGGAGGGAUCGGGGUUAGACGACCAUCGGAUAAAACGGAAUGAGGACAACCUUUCUUUGCCCUGUGUGAUCGGCUCUUCUGGAAGCUUCUCCCAGAGAAACCAUCUGCCCUCCAGCGGCACGUCAACACCGUCAUCUGUGGUUGACAUCCCGCCCCCCUUCGACCUGGCCUGCAUCACCAAGAAGCCCAUCACAAAGAGCUCGCCCUCACUCCUGAUUGAGAGCGACUCCCCAGACAAGUACACCAAGAAGAAGAAGUCAUCCUUUAAGCGGUUCCUGGCGCUGACGUUUAAGAAGAAGACAGAGAGCAAAGUGCACGUGGAGGUGAACGUGUCCUCUUCCCGGUCCUCCUCAGAGUCCAGCUACCACGGGCCUUCCCGGCUCCUGGAGAUCGACCGGAGAAGCCUCAGUAACUCGCCUCAGCUGAAGUCUCGGACGGGGAAGCUCCGGGCUUCUGAGUCCCCCUCCUCCCUCAUCUUCUACAGGGAUGGCAAGAGGAGAGGUGUCCCUUUCAGCAGGACAGUGUCCAGAGUGGAGUCCUUCGAAGACCGCUCCCGGCCUCCCUUCCUGCCCUUACCGCUGACCAAGCCACGGUCCAUCUCGUUCCCCAAUGCGGACACUUCAGACUAUGAGAACAUUCCAGCUAUGAACUCGGACUAUGAAAACAUCCAGAUUCCGCCCCGGAGGCCUGCAAGGACUGGAACUUUCACGAAGCUUUUUGAAGAUCAGAGCAGAGCCCUGUCCACAGCAAAUGAAAAUGACGGCUAUGUGGACAUGAGUAGCUUCAACGCCUUCGAGAACAAACAGCGGAGUGCAGACCAGGAAGCAGAAAGCGCCUACACAGAGCCCUACAAGGUCUGUCCCAUCUCGGCAGCAGCCCCCAAAGAGGACCUCACAUCGGAUGAAGAGCAGGGAAGCUCGGAAGAGGAGGAGAGUGCUCCGAGAGACCCCAGCCUCACCCAAAAGGUGGAAGGACAGUCCAGAGCCCAUGUCAUCGCACAGGAAUUGCUCUCUUCGGAGAAAGUAUACGUGGAGAUGCUCCAGCACUUACAUCUGGAUUUCCAUGGAGCAGUUGUGAGGACCUUGGAUGAGAUGGACCAAGAGGGCAGGGACCUGCUAUCCAGAGAGGAGCUGAGGCUAGGCCUGAGCCAACUCCCAGCCAUCCACGACCUUCACCGAGGGAUCCUGGAGGAGCUGGAGGAGAGGCUGGUGCACUGGGAGGGGCAGCAGGAGGUGGCUGACGUCUUCCUGGCGCGGGAGCUGGGGUUCGACCACCACGCCGCUCACAUCGUGCAGUUCGACAGGUACCUGGGUCUACUCAGUGAGAACUGCCUCCACUCCCCGCAGCUGGCAGCUGCUGUCCACGAAUUUGAGCAGAGUCUGCAAGGAGGCGGCCAGAGUGUGAAGCAUCGGCUGCUGAGGGUGGUGCAGCGCCUCUUCCAGUACCAAGUGCUCCUCACAGACUAUUUAAAUAACCUUUGCCCAGACUCGGCUGAGUAUGAGAACACUCAGGGUGCACUGACCCUCAUCUCCAAAGUCACGGACCGCAUCAACGACAGCAUGGAGCAAGGGGAAAAUCUGCAGAAGCUGGUCCACAUUGAACACAGUGUCCGGGGCCAAGGGGAUCUCCUCCAGCCAGGAAGGGAGUUUCUGAAGGAAGGGACGCUGAUGAAAGUAACAGGAAAAAACAGACGCCCCCGGCACCUGUUUUUAAUGAGCGACGUGCUCCUCUACACUUACCCCCAGAAGGACGGCAAGUACCGGCUGAAGAGCACGUUGGCAGUGGCCAGCAUGAAGGUCAGCCGCCCUGUACUGGAGAAAGUUCCCUAUGCUCUAAGGAUUGAGACUUCUGAGUCCUGCCUGACCCUGUCUGCAAGCUCCUUUGCGGAGAGGGACGAGUGGUAUAGCUGUCUAAGCAGGGCCCUUCCCGAGGACUACAAGGCGCAGGCCCUGGCUGCGUUCCACCAUAGCGUGGAGAUGCGGGAGCGGCUGGGGGUUAGCCUGGGGGAGAGGCCCCCCACCCUGGUGCCUGUCACACACGUCAUGAUGUGCAUGAACUGCGGCUGCGACUUCUCCCUCACGCUGAGGCGUCAUCACUGCCACGCCUGCGGCAAGAUCGUGUGCCGAAACUGUUCACGCAACAAGUACCCUCUGAAGUACCUCAAGGACCGGAUGGCCAAGGUCUGCGAUGGCUGCUACGGGAAGCUGAAGAAGAGGGGCGGGGACAUCCCGGGCCUGAUGAGAGAGCGGCCCGUGAGCAUGAGCUUCCCCCUGUCCUCACCCCGCUUCUCGAGCAGUGCCUUCUCAUCCGUCUUUCACAGCAUCAACCCCUCAACCUUCAAGAAACAGAAGAAAGUCCCUUCAGCCCUGUCCGAGGUGGCUGCCUCCGGAGAGGGCUCUGCCAUUAGCGGCUAUCUCAGCCGGUAUAAGAAAGGCAAGAGACACUGGAAGAAGCUCUGGUUUGUCAUCAAAGGCAAAGUUCUCUACACCUACACAGCCAGUGAGGACAAAGUGGCCAUGGAGAGUAUGCCUCUGCUGGGUUUCACCAUUGCGCCAGAGAAGGAAGAGGGCAGCAGUGAAGUAGGACCGAUUUUUCACCUUUACCACAAGAAAACUCUAUUUUAUAGCUUCAAAGCAGAGGAUACUAAUUCAGCUCAGAGAUGGAUUGAGGCCAUGGAAGAUGCCAGUGUGUUAUAG